AUGCCUUCACAGCAAGUUUUCCGCUUAACCGGCAACCGCGAGUCCUACCACGAGCUCCAAACCUUCCAGGAGGACAUCCCCACCAUCAGUAACCGCGAAGUCCUAAUCCGCGUUCGCGCCGUCGCGCUCAACUACCGUGACCUCGCCAUCUCCAAGUCCACAUACCCCUUCCCGGUCAAGGAAAAGGUCGUCCCGUGCUCGGAUGCGGUGGGCGAGGUUGUCGAGGUUGGCAGCGCCGUCUCCAGGAAUAUCGCCAAAGGCGACACCAUCGUGGGCACCUUCGAUCCGACCAACCUCUAUGGCCCCCAGCGCGACUGGAACAACGGCCAGGGUGGUCCCGUCGAUGGAGUGCUGAGGCAGUACAUCGUCCUCCCCGCUGAAGCGGUGGUCAAGGUACCAAAGGACUCCUCGCUGAGCCACGCUCAAUGGGCGAGUUUAGUGUGCACAGGCGUCACGGCGUGGAACUCGCUGUACGGUAACAUUCCCCUGAAGCCUGGUCAGACAGUUUUGUUCCAAGGCACAGGUGGCGUUUCCAUCACAGGCCUCAUUCUCGCCAAAGCCGCGGGCGCCACGACAAUCAUCACCUCCUCCUCGGACGAGAAGCUCAAGUAUGUGCAGGCCAAAUACGGCGCCGACCACGUCAUCAACUACAAGAAGACGCCCAACUGGGCCGUCGAGGCGCAGCGCAUCACUGGCGGACACGGCGUCGACUUCAUCCUCGAGAACGGGGGCGCCGGCACCAUCAAGCAGAGCAUCGAAGCCAUCGCCAUGGGUGGCAUCAUCUCCGUCAUUGGCUUUCUGGCCAGCAUCCCGCAGUCCGAGAUGCCAGACGUCGCUCUGCUGGCUCUGGGUAAGAGUGCGGUCGUGAGAGGAAUCAUUAUCGGUUCUACGCAGAUGCUGGAGGAUGUGGUCAGGUUCGUGGGUGCGAGGCGCCUUAAUGUUCCGGUGGAGAAGACGUUCGGUUUUACGAGAGAUGAGGUUGUGAAGGCGUACGAAUACUUGGAGAGCGGCCAGCACAUCGGCAAGGUGUGCAUCAAUGUCGACUGA